UUUUUUCGGCUCAGCAGAAGGGCCCGCAAAAAGGCGCAGCUUUCCUUUGGUCAAGGCAAGCGGCGAAAAAAUCCUUGCCAUGAGGAACUGCAAAGCCGCGCUGGCCGCAGGCACUCUGGGCGCGCUGGCGUGCACUUAUGACACCUCCUUCGUCGCGCUGGGGAAGGCGGUCACCUCCAGCAAGGAGCCGGGCCCUGCGCGUGCGAAGCCAUCGGCGCAAGGCGCGGCCACCCCCCUGGCGACCGGCAUGGCGGCUGCUGGCCUGGCCGGCGCCGCGGCAGCCGCGGCGGGGAGCUCUCGGCCGGCCCG